AUGGCGGACGGGGGCACGUUGUUAUAUUCGUGUGCUGUCUAUCUCUAUCUCUACGACAAUAACAGUAAUUCUUAUGCGCAACAGACUAAUGCAGCAGUAGGUUGUGCGCUUCUUCUUCUCGAUGAGAAAUCUUGUGAUUCAAAGGUCUAUUCGUUGAUACUUUAUGACCCACAAAAGACGCCACUGUUGCAAUUUCCCGUACUUCCAAGUACACGUUUCGUACUCCAAAAAGACAAUUAUAUCAAUUUCUAUGAUCGUCAAAGAAAUUAUGCUCUGCGUUUUAAAGAUACGACUACAAGUGAGGCUUUUCUCUAUGCAGUGGCGUUGAUUAAGGCACAAGUUGCAGUACAUUCUACCAAGUCAUAUAAUCACCAUAACCCCGUGGUUUUAGUCGAUGAUUUGGCAAUAGGAAGGGAAGAUGCAGAUCCACUUUUAUUUGGAGAUGUAGCAGGAAUAUCAUUCAAGAAAUGGCAUGGAACAAUGGAAGAGAGAAGUCAUUUUUUUACGACAAAUCCACUCGAGAUUAAGAACCGAUCCACGACUGAUGCAACACAUAGCAAUGAAAUUAAGAGGAUUAAGCUCAUGGAUUCAGAAGCAGCAGCAAGUGAAACAGAUCCAUUUGUUCGUGUCUUGGCAACGAAAGUAUUGGUGGGAAUGCAAAAAAUGGGCAAAAGACUCGUGACUGUGACGUUCCCAGACACGCAACAGUGGGUCAUUGCAGAGAUUGAAUUGGUCAAAGUCAAGAAAAAUACGAGAUCAAGUGAUAAUGUGACGCUUACUGGACCGACAACUGGCAGUGACGAAAAGCAGACACAGGAAGAACAUGACGAUCUCGUGAAACGCAUGGCAAGUUUAUCUCGUAUAGGCAGUCAGUCAUCAGGGAUGAUUGCAAAUGUGAUAAAGAAUCGGGACAGCCGCUCGUCAAAUGAAAUGAACGGUGAGAUUGAUACAUCGCUUCAACGAGCUUCCUCCAGCGGGCAGGUGUCGGCGGACCCUCCAGCAGGAUACGUUCCUGUGCUUUUGGCGGGACUUCAGCUUCCAGGAGAAAGGCCAGGAUCAUUUCGCAAUUUACAGCACGAGAUGCACUCAAAUCUGCAUGUGGAGGCGGUUUCGCCAUCGCGUACAAAUUCGCAGGCUGCACAAGUGAUUGAGCCGCAAGAACACUUAUCCGAAGCAACUUGUGUGGACAUGGAUGGCGAGACCAAGACAGCGCUAUUAUCCAGCGAUAUGGAACGUUUGAUGAAGGAGCAGUCGGAUUUGGCACGACUUCGUGAUCAGCUGGAAGAGAGUAAGCGCAAGCUUCAAUCCGACAACAUUAAGUCAAGUGAAGUGGCGGUCAGACCCCUACAGUCGAUGAAUGGAGUAGGCGGCCACUCUGUACAAUUGUCUGAGUACAAGCCGGCGCAAGAAAAGCAGCACGCCAUUGCCUUCGUGCCCCCAUCAUAUGCGCCAAUGGGCCCCUCCGCAACUUCUGUUGGAACGACAUCUUCGUUUGCGGCUGCAACUGGACAGUGGCCUCCGUCCAAAAUGGAUUUUGUGCCGUCCUCACUUGUUCCUUCCUCACAUCCGCCCCCAUCUCAGGCUUCGUUCUCGUCUUCAAUCACGGCAUAUACGAACCGGUCGUUUUCGUCGUACGCAUCGACACCAGGAAUACCAGGGUCAGGAUCAUUGUCAGAUGUUGAGAACGGCAUUAUCCGUUUGCAACGAUCAUCUUCGUCAGUCGAGUCAACGCUGCAAGAUUUACAAUUGAAGAUGGAUCGUUUGUUGAACCUUCAAAACUCGACAAGAUCGACCAAGUUUGCUGGGAGCUCAAGCAACUACGGUGGGAGCGCGUCACUCUCAUCGGCAUCAUUUCUCGCAGCGUCUUCGUCUUCUUCGAUGUUGCUUAAAAGUUUUGAAAAAGCUCUUGCACAGCGCGAUCAGCUCCAGGAAACAAAAAAUCGACUUGAGGACGCAAACAGCGAGCUAGAAUCAAGUGUUGAGGAUUUGCAAAACCGCCAAGAUUCACUUCAGAUGGAGAACCGAACGCUAUUGGACAAACUACAAAACGGCAAUCAUAUGCAACAGGAAAAAUUUCGUUUGGAACUGCAGAGUGUUCAGCAACAGCUUAGUCACACUCAGGAGCACAUGCUGGUGUACCAAGAAGAAAAUUUCCGACUUCGGGCACAACUUGCUGCAGAGGACGAGCAGCUUGUGAAAGAGAAGGUGAAGCUGCAUGAAGACACACAGAAACAGCUUGGACUUCUUCAGCGACAGGUUGAAGAUGACGUUCGACAAGGCUCGAAGGAUUUGAUCGAGAGAAUGACGACUGAAAAGGCCGCUCUGGAAAUGCAAGUUGCCGAGUUAAUUGCUGAAAAAAAGCAGUGGGAUGUUGAACGUGAUAUGAUGAACAACCGGAUGAGUCAAGCUCAGAGCCAGCAGGUUCAACUUCAAGAUGACUCUAUGAAGUCACAAGCUGCCCAAAACUCGCGUGUUCAGGAGCUAACGGCUCGAGUUCAUCAGCUUGAAAGUGAAACUAAAGGAUUGCAACAGCAAGUGGAAGGGUAUUAUUGCGAAACGCAGCAUUUAGAAAAGCUGUUAACGUCAAAGGAGCAAGAAAUGGCCCAGCUACAAUCGGCAAGAGAUAAUGAGGAGUACGCAGCACUGAGUGAGCUGUUUAAGGAGUUUAUGAACGAUAUUUACUUCCACUUUCAAGAUGCUUUCGAUGAAGACACAGAGUUCACCGGCAAAGAAAUUGUGAUGGCCAUCAGGAAGAUUUUGAAACAAAAUACAAUGGGUAUUCUCGCAAAGCUAGAGGAAUUUUACCAGCAGCAAGCACACUAG